GGUGUUGCGUUUUUGUGGCAAAUUUUAAUUUUAGACACUAAUUAAUCGAACGACAGCUAAACGUCGGGCCAAGAGUAUUGUAAAUCGUGCGUCUAAGACGUAAUGCCAAUGAUUAAAAUUAGCAUAGCGGAACAGACAAUGGCCGGGAAUGUAUCUACAGCAACUGAUGAUGAUAGAGGAAACGAAUCAGGACAGCAGGAUCAAGUGCAGGACCCACGACUGCGUCAUAUGUGUGAAUAUUGUGGCUAUAGGACACGCAUUCGGGGAAAUUUACAAGUGCAUAAGCGGCGGCAUACGGGCGAGAAGCCCUUCGACUGUGAUCAAUGUCAGGCAAAGUUCGCCUCACGCUAUCAAUUAGUCAACCAUAUGGAACGUCAUUUGGAUGACCAAAAACGACGCCGGCAAUAUCAAUGCGAGGACUGUAAUAUGGGAUUUCUUAGUGCCCGUGCACUCUACCAUCAUAGGCCUCUCCACAACGAGAUCAAGAAAUUCAAGUGCAAACUAUGCGGUAAAUCGUAUGCCCAGGCGGCAGGUUAUUCACAGCAUAAACGAUGGCAUCGACAGCGCAAUCAUAAGGCAACAGCAUCUACUGUCACCAUGGUAGGAGUGAAGGAGAAAACAAAAUCACUUCAAUAACAACAUUUUCACCUUAAUAAAUCCCCAUUAAAUCCAACUAAACCAAUAAAGCAAAG